AGCUGGAGGAGUGUGAAACCGCGUGUUAAUGCAAACGGCGCGGCGAGUGCUGUGCGUCCCGCCCGGCCCGGCCGCUCCCGUCCCGCCGAGCGCAUCCCGCGGGGCUGCCGCGCUCCGCUCCCCUCAUUCCUGCGCGUGCAGGGCAGGGCAGGGCUGCGCUCCCCGGCCGGGCGGAACUUCACCUCAGCGAGGCAGCGCCGGGAGCAGCACCGGGACGAGGAGAGCGACGGCGAGGAGGAGGACGAGGAUGGGGAGGAGACCGCGAUCCGCCGCGUGCUGCUGAGGCGCGGUGCCGCCCGGUACCGGAGACUGCCGCCCGCCUGACCCCGCGCCGAGCGGGCGCUCCCCGCCCUUUGUUGCGGCGUCUCCGCCGCCGCGGGGCCGCCCCGCGCCCUCCCCCCGCGAAGCCCCGCUCAGGCCGCCCCAUGCGCCGCCGACGGUCGGGAACUGCGCGGCCGCCCUCGGAGGCUUGCUGCCCGCCCCGCUCGCUGUGACGGCCCCUUCCGGAGCCCCCUAGAAAGCCGCUUGCCCUCGCGACUCGCGGAUCCCGUCCCGUCCCACGGAGCUACAGCGACAGAACGGCCGCGGCCGGAGGAUGUCCUCGCGGCGGGAGCACUGAGCGCCGCGGAGCGGUGUGAGGCGCGCACGGAGCCAUGUUCCCGCAGAGCCGGCACCCCGCGCCGCACCAGGCUGCGGGGCAGCCCUUCAAAUUCACCAUCCCGGAGUCGCUGGACCGCAUCAAGGAGGAGUUCCAGUUUCUCCAGGCUCAGUACCACAGCCUUAAAUUGGAAUGUGAGAAACUGGCAAGUGAGAAGACAGAAAUGCAGAGGCACUAUGUGAUGUAUUACGAAAUGUCAUAUGGAUUAAACAUUGAAAUGCACAAGCAGACAGAAAUCGCCAAGAGAUUGAAUACAAUUUGUGCACAAGUCAUCCCAUUUUUGUCUCAGGAACAUCAGCAGCAAGUGGCUCAAGCUGUAGAACGUGCCAAACAAGUGACCAUGGCUGAACUGAAUGCUAUCAUCGGGGUACGUGGCCUUCCAGGUCUACCUCCUACACAGCAGCAGUUGCAGGCUCAGCAUCUCUCUCAUGGCCAUGGACCUCCAGUGCCUCUAACACCACAUCCAUCAGGACUUCAGCCUUCAGGAAUCCCUCCACUUGGAAGCAGUGCUGGCCUACUUGCCCUUUCUAGUGCUUUGGGUGGUCAGUCUCACUUGGCAAUAAAAGAUGACAAGAAGCAUCACGAUGCAGAGCACCACAGAGACAGAGAGCCAGGCACAAGUAAUUCUCUGUUGGUCCCAGACAGUCUGCGAAGCACAGAUAAACGCAGGAAUGGCCCUGAAUAUUCCAAUGACAUCAAAAAGAGAAAGGUGGAUGAUAAGGAUUCCAGCCACUAUGACAGUGAUGGGGACAAGAGUGACGAUAACUUGGUUGUAGAUGUAUCCAAUGAGGAGCCUUCAUCUCCACGGGCAAGUCCUACUAAUUCACCACGUGAAAAUGGUAUAGAUAAAAGCCGCUUGCUGAAGAAAGAUGCCUCUAGCAGUCCAGCAUCUACAGCCUCUUCAGGAAGUUCCACUUCUCUCAAAUCCAAAGAAAUGAGUUUGCAUGAAAAAGCCAGCACGCCUGUUCUGAAAUCCAGCACACCGACUCCUCGAAGUGAUGUGCCAACUCCAGGCACUAGUGCAACUCCCGGACUUCGUCCAGGCCUUGGCAAGCCUCCAACAAUGGACCCUCUGGUUAACCAGGCUGCCGCAGGUUUGCGCACACCUUUGGCUGUACAAGGGCCAUACCCUGCUCCGUUUGGAAUGGUGCCUCAUGCUGGCAUGAACGGAGAACUAACCAGUCCAGGGGCAGCCUACGCCAGCCUGCACAACAUGUCACCCCAGAUGAGUGCUGCUGCCGCAGCAGCUGCUGUGGUUGCCUAUGGAAGAUCUCCUAUGGUUGGGUUUGAUCCUCCUCCUCACAUGAGAGUACCUGGAAUCCCUCCAAAUCUCACAGGGAUUCCUGGGGGAAAACCAGCCUACUCCUUUCAUGUUACUGCAGAUGGGCAGAUGCAGCCUGUUCCUUUCCCUCCCGAUGCCCUCAUCGGUCCAGGAAUCCCUCGCCAUGCCCGUCAGAUCAACACUCUGAACCACGGGGAAGUUGUGUGUGCAGUUACCAUCAGCAACCCCACAAGACAUGUGUACACGGGUGGCAAGGGGUGCGUCAAAGUCUGGGAUAUCAGCCAGCCUGGGAACAAGAGCCCUGUCUCUCAGCUUGACUGCCUGAACAGAGAUAACUACAUCCGCUCUUGUAAAUUACUGCCUGAUGGAUGCACCCUAAUAGUUGGAGGGGAAGCCAGCACAUUAUCCAUAUGGGACCUGGCAGCGCCAACUCCUCGUAUAAAAGCAGAGCUUACAUCCUCAGCUCCUGCCUGCUACGCUCUGGCUAUCAGCCCUGAUUCCAAGGUGUGCUUUUCCUGCUGCAGUGAUGGGAACAUUGCAGUGUGGGAUCUGCACAAUCAGACAUUGGUCAGGCAAUUCCAGGGCCACACAGAUGGGGCCAGCUGUAUUGACAUUUCUAAUGAUGGUACCAAACUCUGGACAGGAGGUUUGGAUAACACUGUCAGAUCCUGGGACUUGAGAGAAGGGAGACAGCUACAACAGCAUGACUUCACAUCACAGAUAUUUUCCCUUGGUUAUUGUCCUACUGGUGAAUGGCUAGCUGUGGGAAUGGAGAGCAGCAAUGUGGAAGUGCUGCAUGUAAAUAAACCAGACAAAUAUCAGCUGCACCUUCAUGAGAGUUGUGUAUUGUCACUCAAGUUUGCUUACUGUGGUAAAUGGUUUGUGAGUACAGGGAAGGAUAACCUUCUUAAUGCAUGGAGAACUCCUUAUGGAGCCAGUAUAUUCCAGUCCAAAGAAUCUUCAUCAGUGCUUAGCUGUGACAUCUCUGUGGAUGAUAAAUACAUAGUCACUGGCUCUGGAGACAAAAAAGCUACAGUCUAUGAAGUUAUCUACUGAAAAUAUGAUGGGGAUAUAACUUCUAGAAGUUGAACUGGGCCAAAAUUGUUCUUAAUUAUAGAAUUAGAAAGGUUUUGCCUUUUAAAAAGGAAUUAAAGUAUUGAGGUUCCAGACCUUGUGAUGAAACUACUCCAGUUUUUCAAAAUAGAAGGCAACAUCCAGCAACUUAAGUAUUGGCCGUGUGGACCAAACAGAACACAGAAGCAAGAUGGACAGAUGUAGCCUAGGUUUUCGACAUAGUUUUCAAAGCAGAGUCUGCUGAAGAAUGUUGAAGUCCUUUUAUUUUUUUUUUCUUUAUGACCUCAUGCAAAUUGUUCUCAUUGCCUGAAUAUGGGGAUAACCUUUCUGUUCCUUGCAAUUCAAUUUGCAUCCUGUCCUGUGUAGAGCAGUGGUGUCUCAGAUGAACUUGUUUCCUGGUUUUGCAUCUUGUGAUAUGUUUUUGUAUUUUUGUUGAAGGUCAAACAUUUGUAUAAAUUGUAAAUAUAUUUAGUUUAUUACAGUAAAGGCUUUAGUAUGAACAACCACUCUUCUUCCCUCCUUCCUCUUCCCACUCCUCUCCCUUGCUUAUUUAAAAAACCUUUUGGGGAUAUAAGUACCUUUUUAGAAGCAAAAGCAAACACUAUGUAUAGUUUGAAAAUUGCAUCUUAUUCUUUAUAACUCUUCCUAGAUUCCUUUAUCAUACUACAAAGUAAUUGUUUUGACAUAUUAGGGUAUCAAAUCCAGUAGAUACUGUCUUGUGCUGCAGGAAAACUAAAAGGCGAUUUUGUACUAAUUAUAGUGUAAAUAUAAAAAUUGAACAUUUCAUAAAGUUGUGCAGUUUAUUUUAAGUUUAUUGUGAUGUCCCAUGUAUAUGUUCUUUGGCAGAUGCAUUAAUAUGUGCCUGAUCAUAAUCCUUUUGGUCAUCUCUAGAAGAAGAGUUGAGCUCCCUCUCCUUUCUCCCUCAGCUGAACAGAAUUCAUGAAGGACGACAUUUCAACUAAGUUGAAAACUCAGAGGCUUUGUUCAUUCAACUGAAGAUGUCUAUGAUUAAACAAAGCUAGAUAAGUUGUGUCCUUCAUAUUUUACAGAAGAAAAUAAUAACUUCCUUUUUUAAUGGCUUGUCUAUACGUAGAUACUCAGGUAAAUUUAACUAAAUUACCAAAGUGUGGGUUUUACGGGCAGAUCACUUAACUGUUGUUAAGUACUUGUGGGUCUGCAAGUGAAGUGAGUUAACCUAAACUAAGUUAAACCUGCUUCUUAAUUUCUUGUGACCACACCGACAAAGGACUUUUUUUUUAUUUUCAACUAAUCAACUGUAUAAAUAAAUUAGAAUUAAUUUUCUAGUGCUCCAUAUUAGACAGGCCUAUACUCUGUAUUCCUACCGGGCUGUCUUUGAGCCCUUUCCGCUGUUGCAUCAGUGUGUCACGUUUCUGAAGAGCCAUGCUGAGCAGCCAGCUAUCAAAGUUAUGCAUCUUCAAAUCAAGUUUUUUCAAUGUACUCGAGAGAAAUGGAUGAGGAGAGAAUGUGUAAAUUUUAUUCUAGUAAUGUUUUUUCAAAUUAGUGAAUUCUACUACUGUGUGCCGGACAAACCUAGUUAUUGUGCCACUGAGGACCAUACUUUUCCUGUGUUCUGUAAUUUAAUUAGAAUUUCUGUUGCUAAUGGAGAAUACAGAUAAAGAGAAGGAUAUCUUUGAGCAGUGCUUAAAAUUGCACAAACUGGCAGAGAGGUUAAGACUCAUCUGUGAAUAGCUGCUUUUUCAUUUUGCUAGCAUUUGACAGUGACUUAUAUCUCUGCUCUUUCAAAGACUCAUAACCAGGAAGAAACAAAUUUGACUGACAAAUGCAUAAUCUGGAUAUGGAAUUUCUCAUUUGGGGUCGAAUUUUCUCUCCAAUUUCCAAUCUGAAGAGACAUCGGUUUUAUUUUCGAUUUACAUGACCAUUCUACUGAAACCAUUCUAUAGCAUCUGGCAAUAUAGAGGCAUUAAAAUAUUAUCUUCGCGUUUGGAAUGUGAAAUGUUAACCAUUCAGGAUAAUCUAGUUUCCUAGACAUAUAAAAUUACUAUUCUAUCAGUUGGUAUCUAUAUAGUUGUCUAUUGCUGUUUUGUGAAUAUAUAUCAGUAUGAAAAUUAUAGACCAGCUUUAGGUGGUGAUGAUGUGCCUUUCACACAUAGUGAGGCAAAAGAAGACUCUCAAGGCUUUUCAAAGAAAUAAUUGUAUUUGCUACAUUGAAAUACUGUGAAGUGUUAUACUAUUUUAAAAUGGGAAGGCUUUAAAAAAAAAGUUUGCACUAAGUUACUUGAUUUUAGGCUGACCCUGUUUUCAUAUUGAAGUUAUUCCAAACAUCUAACUCUACCAAUAAUAACUGACUUGGCUCAACAGCACUGGCAGAGGCCAAGGCAAUCAUUUGCUCUAGUUUGGAACAUUUGAUUGUCUUCCAAAGUACCAUCAAAUUGGCUUACUUCAUAAAUAUUCUUUUGUCUUUCCUAAAAGCUGAUAUUAGAGGAUCCAAGAAGGCAAAUAUGAUAACACAUUUAUGUAUGCUUUGAAAAUAAACACAUAUAUGUAAUGGUUCUGCUCUUAACUUGCACCACAGUGCUUGUUAGUGAGACUGCAUUUUGGCAACCCAGGAGAUUCAAAAUGACAGUGUCAAAAAACACUUUGGAACAAGACAUUAUUAAUGCAUGUGAAUGAAUUUAGUCACAUUUGUACCUUGCUUUUUAUAUCGCAAUCAUUUUUUUUCCCCAGUCAGAUCUACUUUAUGCCUUGGAUCUGAAAACACUCAUCCUACAGUAGUUCUCUCAAUUUCUCAUUUCAUGUGUUUCACCUUAUAUUUUACAAAACAUUUUAUUUUCAUUUAUCAUAGUUGAGUCUAUUCCACAUACAGCCACAAUUUUUAAUGAAACGGUGCAUUUGGUGGUAUCUUGGUGUGUAUGUCUGUUUUUGCUAUUGUCUACAAGACUUAAAACUUGAGAGCUUCUGUAAAUUCUUGCAGCCUUGUAGAAAGUAGUGGGUGGAAAUAACUGCUUCUUGAAUGAAGAAACAGACCAAAACAGACCAGCAGUAACAGAAAGGGCACUGGGAAAAGGAAAUGGAAAAAGAGGGCGCAACAAUAACGAUGGGGUAGGUAAUUUUUAUUUUCUGUCAAUUUAAUUGCAAUCCUAAAAGAUUCCUUUGAUUGGCCCCUUCCUGGGACAGUCUUUGUUUGCUGGGUGGCCCUCAGUAUUCAGAGACAGCUGAAUGCCACUCUAGCAAAAAAAAAAAAAAAUGCCAGACGCAGCAGAAGCAGGGAGUCCUUACAAAUGACAUAUUGGAUGUCAGUGCAGACAUUAACUGAUGAACUGGAGAUUUGUGGUAAUAUCAAUUCAACUGAACAAAAUUCUUUGCUAGUUCUAAGUACAGUGUUUUGUAUGUGUACUAGACAUCAAGUUUUAUAAGUCAGUUGUGCAUAAAAUCAUGGUAAUAUUCCUUACAAUAUAUUUGUCAAUAUGGCAGAAUACUUUUUUUCUUUAUAAUUCCAAGUAAAGAUAUUUCCACACAUCAAACCGCAAACUUUUAGUCUUUGAGAGAGAAUUUUCAUUUGCAUUAAUUCUCUUGAACUCAUUUGGUGUUUCAAGAGCUUUUCCUUUUUUAAAGGUAAGAGGGAGCACCAAAAGGAGCAUGAAGUUCAUUUUGUUAAAAUAAUUUUUUUUGUAAUAGAAACAUCAUAGUGGAAUCUGUCAUUUCAUCACAUGCAUAUUUUUGUGUAUAACUGGCCAUAUUUUUUUCUGUCUCAUCUUUGGAUUGGUGAUGGAGAUAGAAUUUUCAGAACCAUCUAAGUAACUUUAAUAUAGAACUAGACUGACAAAUGGUUUGUUUUUUGUUCUGUUUCAGUUUUUUUGCCUAAGAAAGAAUUACCCACUAAUUUGUGGAAUCAUGCCACCUAGUUGCAGUCCUUCAUUUUUUCUGUUAUAUUGAUGCAGUUUUGAGUUGAUGGGAGAAGUUCCACAAUUCUAUUAAUUAAGAAAGGUGGAUUUUAAUGUUUGCACACUGAGGAAGAGUUUUGAAUCCAGAUUCCACGCUUAUGUUGUUCAGUGUUUAUUCUUUGGGCCACUCAGCUGGAGGAGCUGAACUGUUACCUACUGUGUGAUCUUCUCAAAACACUUUUUUUUCCCCCUCAAAAGUGCACGGAAAUAAUGUCAGAAUGUAGGUGUAUACAGGACUUGAGUCAUGGUAUCCUGCCAAAGAAAGGUCAAUUUAUUACAGACUGGGAGAUCUGCAGCAGCUCAAGUAGGACUUAGUGAUCACCAGAAUGGAAGUAAGAGUUGAACGCAGAGAGGAGAAGGGAGAAAGAGACACCUUUUUCAGUGGUAGUUUAAUAUAAAAAUCACCUAGAACAAGGUUUCAGUGUACAAUUUCACCAAGUAGCAUUUUUCCAUGAAGUUGUUUAGAUGUUUCUGCAUGGUAAUUCAAGGACUCACGUGAGAUGGACUGGACAUUUCUGUGACAUUCAUAAGCAGUCAUAUAAUUCUAAGAGGAAAGAGUGUUAAAUCACAGCCAGUUCUCAACAUUUCCCAUUACCUUGUGUUUCUGUAGCAUAAACUCAGCUUUGCAGCAAUUGAUAAUCCCAUUUUCAGCAACAUACUCCCAGAUGUCCCAUUGCAACUUAAGUGCUUAGUGCAGCAGGUAAAUUUUGCUAAGGAAACCAGUCAUACAGGAACUGGAUGCCUUAAAAAUCUGCAUUGUGGGUCUAACUUACUGACAUUUCUGAGAAGUUUACUCAGUUUCUGUUGAACUACGUAGGAGUACUCAACCACUCAUUUAAAAUGAAACAAAGCAUUCUCUACAAAGCCAAAACAGUGCUUUGAAUACACUUUAACCACAUAGUUGUGGGGAUUUUUUUGCUUUUUUGAGUUGAUGUUUUUAGUUAUUUUUUCUUCACAUUUAAAAAAAAAUAUUAGUUCAAUAUAACAAGGGAAAAUAAGGGCAAUAAGAGCAAUGAAUGAGGAGUGCUUUGUUUUCAAAGGGCAAAAUGUUCUUAAAGAUAUCAUGGUGUCAUGCCUCGAAACAAAGGAACCUAUCACUUCUACAAUAUAUUAAUUCUUGAGAAAGCCGUAUUUUUGUUUCCUUGGAGUGCUACUCUCAAAAAACUGAACACCAAAAAAUAGGUGAUAUUGGGACUUACAUUAGUUAUCCUUUUCAAAUCUGAAUGUAUUUUUGUUGUUGUUGUUUGUUUAUUUUUCCCCUCCAUAUUCUUUAUUUCCAUGACCCACAGUUUGCUAAUAGAAGGUGAACAUCAGGCUCUGUCCUUUCUGGCACAUGCACCAGGAAUAAUUUUGUCUUAACAAGUCUGUUGGUGAUGCAUAGACCAUAGGAAAGUCUGGCUGAAUCUUUUUGUGGAUAGGUGAACGUAUGGUAUCAGCCAAUAUGUUGUAAUAAUUUCCUUUACUAAAGCAAGCACCUAGAGAUAAGAUAGUAUCGUUGCUCAGUACUCAUACUUUUAUUAUUUGUGGAAUUGCUGGUAAGUGUUGUUGGCUCACUGUGGAAAAAUCCUGAAGUAAAAUGUUGAUUUUGUGAUCAUUUCUCUCCUAUAAUUUCAUAUGCAGUUUUAUCUGUGGUAAGAUUAUGCUGAUUCAUAGAGAGGUGCUGCAAGGUGCACUAGACAGUUGCUCUUACAUAGAGCUUGGCAAGGACUUCCUUUGUUAUGUUCACUGUACAAAGGUAUGGUAUAUCUUGAACCUUGUUUCUAUCUCUGUUUUAUGCCAAGAACAUGUUAGAGGCAAAGAGAACGCAUAUUUGGGAGAUUAAGUAAUCAAACAUACUAUUAUCCUUAUCCCUUUUGCAUACUUUGUCAUUAGUAUAAAAGUGGAGAUGAUAGCUUGUAACUGAAAAAUAAUUAGUGCCAGUUUUCCUUCCAGGCCUGAUUUUAAUGGCAGUUUAAAAAAAGUUAACAAGCAGAAUGAAGGGGUCAUAAAUGGAAGUUAACCCAUAGCACUGAGAAACUUAGAAAUCAUUUGUUACUUCCCUGGUAGUGAGCCUAAUUUGUUUAAAAUAAAAUCCAUCUGUUCAUUUCACAGUCUUUGUUCCACUUCUUUACAGCAGUCCACAGUGGAUUACUCCAUUAUUUUAAAAAUUGGCUGCAAUUAUGAUAAGCUAAUAACUCUUAUUUUGUGGUUUGCUGUAGCAAGUUAUUUUGGAGUGCAACCAAACUUUCCUUUAUUCUCAAAAAUAAUCGAGCUAUUGGUCUGAUGCUGGAGUUUUUUGUUUAUUUGGACCUGAGUAUUUUCUUAAUUAGAUUUUGAGUAAAUAUAUAAUCUGAUGACUUUACAAAUUGAAAGUAUUUCUUAAGGUUGAUGGAUCAGCCAAACACUGCUUUUAAGUAUGUAAAUUACCCUUAUGUCACUUUGGUAUUGGCUUAAGCAUGCUGUAUGUAUAUGCCACAGGACUUUGAGGUUUAGCGAUGCAACUUGCAUUGGCACGUGAAAUUUACUUCCUGAAGUAUUUGCUUUUAGUACAGUGAUGGGUUUACUGCUGUGCUCCCCUGUGUCAUCUCUUGAAUAUGUAUCAGUCUUCUACAGAUGUUUUAAUGCCUUUUGCAUGAAUAAUGCUCCUAUUUUUCUGUCUUUGAUUGUUAAUUAUGGGAGGUGUGUAUCGCCAACAGUAGCUGAGGGAAUAUUCACUGAUCUCGGAUAGCUGAGUUUUUGAAUGUGUACCUCAUGAAGUUUAUAAAAGCAUAUAGAGAAAUCAUUAAUUUUAGUUUGCUAAACUCAAGAUUCUCAAGUCCUGGGACUCUUAUGUGUUUCAUCAGUGAAUCUUUUUAAGGAAAUACUCACAGUUUUUGAAUUGUUUUGAUAGCUUUUUCUGUGUGUGCGUGGUUUAUGUAGACAAUCUUCUUUGCUGAGUGCAAAUUACUGACCCAGUACUCUAUUUAUAAUUUUUCCCCGGUUCUGCAAUACUUUUAGCUAGCUGUAACUUAUUAAAAACACAAAUAUUAAAUGGGGAUAUUAAUGAUGAAUGGUUGAAAUUUGAGAGUUUCAGAAUGUGUUUUAGAAAACUUUAACACUUCGUUCACCAUAAUUUUACAUUUUUCCAUCAUUUAAGUAAAAAAAAAAUCCUUAGGGUUGAAUUAUAGUAAAUUUUUAUACAACUCCAUACUAUACACAGACUAAUUUAUCUCCCAAUAGACAGCAAUAAUUUAGAUGGGAUUUUUCUUUAUUCUACCUAAUUUAUUUGCAUUGAGGGGAGAAAAUUUUGCUAAUUAUUAUAAUUUCAUGAAUAUUGUUAGUCGUUUUUAACUAUCUCCAUGCCUUCAGAAACUUGUUCUUCUAUAUUUUGAAGUAAAACAUACAGAUAUACAGGGUACUGUAAUAAAACAUGUUUACAGUAUUUGUCCCCCUGGUUUUGCUGUAAUAGAAAGGGGGAAUUGUAGUGACAGAUAUAACUUGCAAUAGUUGCUAGUUGUUACGUGCCUUUGAAUCAUUUUCCUCUUUUUUUUUUUUUUUUUUUUUGUAUCUUAAGUGAGGGUUAGCAGAUUUAAAUCAGUGUCAUUUCUAUUAAAAUAGGUACGGUGAAUCAUUUUUUAAGCCUUGCUAGUUUUACUAAUUCUAGACCAUUUUAUAUCUGUAAGGUAAAUGAUUGGUUAUUUGGCUGUUUUUUAGUUGGUUGUGAACUGUUCGAUUUCACUUUUUUAUGUUUCAAGCACUGUUAGAAUAGAAGGAGAAUGUAGUGAUAUUUGGCUAUUUUGCGCUUUCAUUUUGUACUGUAUGUGAUUAUGUGAUUUCUCGAGAUUUUUUUAUUUUAAUUUUUAACUACCACCAUAGGUGUGCCCACUGCAGCGGUUCGUGGUUUUUUUUUUAAUGUUCCCAUCGUUUGCACUGCAUAAUUCAUUUGAAUUGAACUUACAAGUCAGUCCCUUUCUCCAGGCAUCUGCUUUGUAGCUUGACAAGUAUGAAAAUAAUCAAAAAUAUCACAGAGCGUAAAAGUGAGAUUGUGUAUUUCUGUUUCUGAGUGUGAAUUAUGUUUAGCAAGACUUGUCUAGUUAAAAGGCAGUUAAACUAGUAAUCACACACUAUCCAUUUUUAGCUGUCAUUUGUAGAAAAAAAUGCUGCAGAGUGAUAUGUGGUGAUAACAAAUUCAGAAGGAAAAGAAUAUGAAAUUCAGAUAGCAGCUUGUGUGAUUUGCUGUUAGCAUGGGGCCCAAUAACACUACAAAGCUAUAAACUCUGUCUUUCUAGAUUGCCCAGUUAGGUGGCAGAGAUGCAAUUUGUCUUUUCUGAAGCCGCCUGCUGCUUGCUAGCUCCAUCUCCUGUCACAGCCUAUUAGCUCCCCGAGAAAAUUGGUGGGAAAUUGCCUGCAGAUUGUAGGAAAUUGCAUCUCCAGGCCCUGGAAAAAAAUGUAGGAUAGCACAACACUGACCCUCCCAGAGCAGCUAUUAAUACAGCAAAAGCUGACCUUUGGCAUGGUGUGAAAUGACUUUGCUAUUUGCUGAAUAAAGACUAUAUUAUGUGUGGCUGAAGGAGGGUACAAAUUAUUAUCCCGGCUAUGUCUGUAGCCAGCCUGCUCCGAGAAGUUUAAGCAUUAGUGACAGGUUUUGCUUUCCCUGCUCUUUCUUUGUGGGAUUUGGGAGAUCAGAUGUUAGAGGCCCAUCCAGAAAUUUCAUUGUAAAGGUAAGCAUAAGCUACCACGUAUUUAAAUUAUGCUAAUACAGUUGGUAUGUAAAGGUUUACUGACAGAACUAAAAGGUGGCUUAAAACAAUGAUCUUGAAUAAAUUGGUCGUUGCCUCCACUUGCCCCAGCCUUGGUCAGAAUGGGAACAGCUUUGUGGCCAUUUUCAUUCUGUGUGUAUAUCCAUAAUGGGCAUUUGAUCUCGGGGGCAGUUGUAAUGAAAAGGAGCUAAUCUGUACUGUAACUGCUGAGUGUAAAAGUCAUGGGAUGUAUUUUAGUUCUUACAGAUUUUUGCAUGCAAUUCCUUGCUGCUAUGAAACUCAUCCUCGUCUUCUUUAAACAAAUCCACGUGUCCUUUAUGGUGUGAUAUGCAAUGAGUUUCAUCCUCUGUCAUUCUACUAGAGCUAUCUUCUAAUCUUGUGCUUUACCUGUUUUAUAGGGCCUUUCAAUAAAAGAGUUGACUUUUCUGAGAGGGUAUAUGUAGAAGUAGUUUGGAAAAUUUUAAAAAAUAAAUAAAUAAAGGCCAACAUUCUCUUUGAGCUUGUCAUUUUACUUAGCUGGUGCAAAGCCAGCUAAGGUGAGCAAGGUGUAUGGGCGAGUUGGAGUGACAUAUUGAUCAGGAGAAGUGCGUGCAUGGAGGGCUUUAACAGGGAAAAAGUCAUUUUGCAGUCAAGAGCAUUACUGUUUUCAAACUCAGCUGAAAUCUGUUGGUAACCUGUAGUUGCCCAGGGAUCUAAGUGAAAUCGAUAUGCUCACUUUCCUAUUCUAUUAGUGCCCGCUGAUGUAAAUAAGCUGACAUGGCUUACUAGCACUCGCACAACUGAUUAGGGAAAAUGAGCGGCCUCACUGAGGGAGCUGAGGCAGAGGAGCAGAGAACAAACAGGUGCUGCCCUGUGAUUUAAAGCACACUUGAAAGGGAUCAAGAGCACUUCACAUUACAGAGCUCUCUGGGCCCCUAUUUUGAAUGCUGACUGUCAUGCAUGCACAUGUAUAUAUGUCAAUCUGAAAUGCUAUCCUGUUGGGGCAUUAUCUUUCUAAAUUAGUUAUAGCACCUUUUGUGUAAAUUAUGUAGUUCAGUACCAUGUGUCUUUUCUUGUGAAACACAAAUACAGGAACUAAAAAGCCA